AUGGCGUCUCUGUUGCGCCGCUCGGGCGUUGCGCAGCUGGUUAAUCGUAGACUAACACAGUUGCAAGGCGCGGAUGCGUCGCGCUUCAUCCAGGCUGUACUGACCAAUGACAUGACGAGCGUGACGCGCCGCGGCGACGCGAUCUACGGUGGAUUCCUGAGCUCCAAGGGCCGUGUGGUGGGCGACUGCAACGUGCUACAGCUCGCAGACGACGCAUUCCUGCUAGACUACGACGAAGAAGUGGCUGAACCUCUUAUGAAGCACUGGAAGCGCUACAAGCUGCGCAUGAAAGUCAAGAUCGAGGACAAGACAGACGCCUUCUCGCUCUACGCCACACUGCCCGCACUUGUGGACGAGGAGGACGCGGCACUGACGCCGUCGGUCAAGACGUUGGACGAGCUGCAGACGCUGAAUCCUGGAGACAACUCAGUGGUGUAUGCCGACCCGCGAGGAGACCACUUCGGCGUGAGGGCUAUCGUCCCCACUGACGAAACCUUUAAUGUGCCGGAGGAAUACGAGACGAUGGACACGUCGGAUUACUUGGACCAUCGCAUCGCUCUCGGAGUAGCAGAAGGCAAGGAAUUGGUGGAUGGAAUCCCGCUUGAGUGCAAUUUGGACCUGAUGCAUGGCGUGUCUUUCCGUAAGGGCUGCUAUGUUGGUCAGGAACUCACGGCUCGCACGCAGUUUAAAGGCAACAUUCGCAAACGGUUAGUGCCUAUGGCAUUAAUUCCAUCGGAUCAGACCGACGUUGUAAAAACUCUCUCGGAACUUGCGUUCAAGACUUUUGCGGAGCCAUCGCAUGGAGCGUUGCGCUCAUACUUGGCAGCCUCGAAGGAAUGGAAGGGCGUCAAGGCGCCGGAAAUCGGAGACAAGAUUGUGUCAACCGGCGGAACGAAAGCAGUUGGAACGAUUUUUAACGUCGGAAAAGACGUGAGCUGCGCCAUUGCCAUGAUGCGUCUAGGCAACCUUCUCCCGUCAGAGUCGGAAGAAGUCGAGGUUGUGCCCAGCAUGAAGUUCUCGACACAGGACGGUGCCUUCCACGCCGUCCCGUACCAGCCCUCGUGGUGGCCUCAGCUUGACUUGAAGACGGGAAAAAUGCUGCUAUGA